AUGUUGAGUCGGCGUAGUGCAGACGAGUUUACAGGGUUUGAUGACCUGGACGAAGAAAGCGUGGCUGAGUCGCGUGGGUUCGAAGUGGUUUGGUUGGCUGACCAGGACGACAUCAGUACGGCGGUGAAGGAGUGGGUUUCGGAGCGAGACGGAAGCGGGCAGGGUGGGUGCGUGCAGGGGACACAGACGGGUGCGAAGCCUGCGGCGCCGUUGGCUGUGUGGACGGUGGCGGUGACGAGUGACCAUCAGUACCUGGCCUGUGGGUCGAACGGAGGGUUAAUCUUUGUUUGGCAGUUGAAUGAGGGGCCGCAGUUGGAGGAGGAGUUAGAGCAGGAUGUGGCGGCCGAAAAAUCACCGGUGGAGAAACGAAGUAUGUUGCGGCGUGUUGCUACACUAUCGGGACACACGGGGGGUGUGUUGCGGCUGCAGUGGAACACCAGUGUGACGCACCGUGUGCUGCUGAGCAGUGGCUUCGACUCAACCGUGCGGCUCUGGUCCGUCUUCCCUGCGCCUGCGACACUCUGUAUCCUGAAGUGCCCAGCACUACCCGUAGGUGUCUGCUUUGCCGGCGGCGGCGAUGCCGCCGCCGUCGUCACCUGUCUCGACGGCGCCACGCGACUCAUCUCCUUCACUCCGCCGCCCGCCCAGGCCGUGCCUGGUCCGGCCGCCGAUGCACCGCCGUUAGUCAACUGCAAGGUCGACCGUGCCUUCGCCGGCAAGGACGCAGCCACCCACAUGUCCGUCUCGCCCUGCGGCUCCGUCCUCGCCGUCGGUUCCCAGUUCGGCGUAGUUACUCUCAGCGACUUGGGCACUGGCCAGGUCAUCCGCGAAGUACACUGCCGCAAUCACUUCGGCCGCCACAAAACCGGCGAAAAGAUCACCGGGAUCUCCUGGAACUCGAACAGCCGCUAUAUCGCCGUCACCUCCCGCGACGGCCGCAUCCGCAUCAUUGACAUCCAAGACCCCAGUCGCCGCGUGAAACUCAAAGCCCAAAGCGACCCCCGACUGGUCGCCAUUUUCGAUCCUUCGGACCGAUUUGUCUUGGCCGCCGCCGAGAACGGCCACAUCUACGUUUGGGACCUGAUGAAGGCGUGCCGCGAAAAGGUGCAUCGGCGCAGACGCUUUUACUUGGCCCGGAGCUUUUCCAAAUCGGCAUUAUCAGAGGGCGACGCUGUUCCCGAGAAUGGACUGGAAAUAGCUCCGCUGAACGAAGAAUUUAAGCGCGAAACGGCGCACCCUGUCGCCUCCUUCGCUGCACACAAGGGCGUGCCCACCGCGAUGUGCAUGAUGCCCUUUGAAAACUCUACAAUCCCGCCACUCCUGUUUGUAGAGCCGCUCGAGUCAUACUGGGCACCGAGUGCGGAUCUGUCGAAGUGUAUGUCAUCCUACUAUCGAAAUGAUGUAUUGAUGUGCGAUGUAUUACACGAAUGA